UCGCGCAUGCGCAGUGGGUUCUUCCUGCUCAGACGGAAGGACGUUGUGAGAGGGGUACUCCUGCGACCUUCUUCAUUCGAGGCGCUUCUCUCUCUCUCCUCGCCAUGAAGAUCUGGACCUCGGAGCACACCUUCGACCAUCCCUGGGAGAUGGUUACAACAGCUGCUAUGCAGAAAUAUCCAAAUCCCAUGAACCCCAGUGUGGUUGGAGUUGAUGUCCUCGACCGGCAUGUAGAUCCCAGUGGAAAGUUACACAGCCACAGACUGCUCAGUACAGAAUGGGGGAUGCCAUCAAUUGUAAAAUCGCUUAUUGGGGCUUGUAGAACAAGAACAUAUGUACAAGAACACUCCGUAGUUGAUCCAGUGGAAAAAGUAAUGGAGCUCAAGUCUACUAAUAUUUCAUUUACAAAUCUGGUGUCAGUAGAUGAGAGACUAAUUUAUAAACCACACCCUCAAGAGCCAGAAAAAACCAUUUUGACUCAAGAAGCAACAAUUUGUGUGAAAGGAGUUAGUGUCAGCAGUUACCUAGAAGGAUUAAUGGAAAACACAAUAUCUUCUAACGCUAAGAAAGGACGUGAAGCAUUGGAAUGGGUGAUCAACAAACUGAAUGCUGAAAUAGAGGAAUUCACUUCUUCUGCAAGAGGAAACAUGCGGUCUCCUAUGGCAGCGGCAGCCUUUGUAGAAAAAUAAUACAGAGCUAUAUCUGCCUACAUCAGUGAUUUGUCCCAAGUGUCUGAAGUGAACAACUGCAUACUUCCUCAAAGCUGGAAAUAUUUAUUCUUCUGUUUGUUUAAUGAAAGCAAAUCUAUAGAUUAGAUGUUUACAUUAAACUUGGAGAGACGUUACACACAUCUGUACUUGAAGGUAAUAUGUGCGACUGAGUUCUGUUGGGCUACACAUUCCUUUUAACUGAAAUAAUCCAAGCGUUCAUGACAAUUCCUGUAUCUUCAGGAGUCAGUCUUAAACUUCCAUCCUAUAAUGGGACUUCUAGUACAGCAAGCUGAGGAAGGCCAAUCUGUUCUUGGUUCCUACUUUGAUAAAAUUCAGACAUACCUGGAUUCAUCUACUUCUGGGCUCUUCCCUGAAUGAAGCAGAAUUUUUCUGGGCACAAUAGUUCAGGCAGCUAGUAAUAAGAUGUCAGUGAAAAAAGCAGUGUAUUACUUGAAAUACAAUUUAUACUAAUUUUUUGUUACAUGCUGCUGUCAUGAAUGUUAUGCUUUGCUGACAUGGAAAGUGCCAUGCUUUAUUUUGAGAAAUCAAGCAACUAAAUAUUUCCAGUAGCCACGUUCUGAAUUUUCAAAAAAUUAAUGAUUAUAUAAUGGGAGAAUGGGAAUUUCCACCAUUUUGUAGAUUCUCUGCUUAGAAAAAGGUACUAUAAUAAUAGUUGAAUGAAAUUUGCUGACAUUCUGAUUUGGUUUGGUACUUUGAGGAACUGGAAUUCAUAUAAAAGAAUAUACUUUCAAAUAACUUGGAAAUGAGUAUUUUAUUGUUACAUUAAUUGCAUAAUUAUGAUUUAUAUGUGUUUUUUUUUAUCAAGCCCUCAAACAUCUGCAAUUUCUUAAAUGGUACUUUGUGUUCUUUUGCUUCUAAAGAAAAGAACGUAAUAGAUGGCUUGAUUUUGUCACAAAGUAACCUUGAAUUCCAUUGCUAAAAUGAUGGCUAGAUUCCAGCAUUCUUCUCUCCCCUCAAAUUUCUUCAUAGAAAAAUCUGUAGAAAAGGUUAGCACAGAAGUAACAUUUACUUUAAUGAGACUUUUUAAUCGUUUCCUCAGAAUAUUACACCAAAUGGUGAGAGACCUUGUGGACUACAGGUACAUUUUGAAAUCUCCUAAUUCUGUUGAUUUUUCUCAGUUUUUUAUGCAUGUAGUUUUCUUUGCUCCUUAAGAAUGAUCUGAUGGGGAGACAUGUGGAUAUGCCUAAGCUUACAAAUGUUUACUAAUGUAUUUAAAUUUUAACUAUUUUUCUACAUGGGUUAAACUUUGUCUUUAUUGAGUUUGUAAAAGCAAUGUAAAAUAUUAAUACCUGGUGCUUUUUACAUACUGAAAAUGUUAAUUUAAUUAAACUAUUACAGAUGUUUGAUAUUGAAAA